CUCGGGCCAGGCGACUCCGCAGCCCGAGCUAGGGGCAGGGAGACACGGACGCCUACUGCUUCGGGAUCUAGCGAUUCGGGACCCCGGUAGCCGGGCUGGGAAGCACUGAGGCCGCGGCGCGUCCCGCCCGGCUCCCGCCGCCGCCGCCGCCGCCCGGGACCAGAGAUGCGCUCCAGGGCCCCCCUGCGCCUGCUGCUGCUGCUGCUGCUGCUGGCCCUGGGGCCUGGGGUGCAAGGCUGCCCAUCUGGCUGCCAGUGCAACCAGCCACGGACCGUCUUCUGCACCGCCCGCCGGGGGACCACCGUGCCUCUGGACGUGCCGCCCGACACCGUGGGCCUGUACGUCUUUGAGAACGGCAUCACCACGCUCGACGCGGGCAGCUUUGCUGGCCUACCGGGGCUGCAGCUCCUGGACCUGUCGCAAAACCAGAUCGCCAGCCUGCCUGGGGGGGUCUUCCAGCCACUGGCCAACCUCAGCAACCUGGACCUGACUGCCAACAGGCUCCGGGAGAUCACCAACGAGACCUUCCGCGGCCUGCGCCGCCUUGAGCGCCUCUACCUGGGCAAGAACCGCAUCCGCCACAUCCAGCCUGGUGCCUUUGACGCGCUCGACCGCCUCCUGGAGCUCAAGCUGCAGGAUAACGAGUUGCGGGCACUGCCCCCGCUGCGCCUGCCCCGCCUGCUGCUGCUGGACCUCAGCCACAACGGCCUCCCGGCCCUGGAGCCCGGUGUACUGGACACUGCCAAUGUGGAGACGCUGCGGCUGGCUGGCCUGGGGCUGCGGCACCUGGAUGAGGGGCUCUUCGGCCGCCUGCGCAACCUCCACAACCUGGACGUGGCCGACAACCAGCUGGAGCGCGUGCCCCCUGCCGUCCGGGGCCUGCGGGGCCUGACACGCCUGCGGCUGGCUGGCAACACCCGCAUCGCCCAGCUGCGGCUGGAGGACCUGGCCGGCCUGGCAGCCCUGCAGGAGCUGGACCUGAGCAACCUGAGCCUGCAGGCCCUGCCUCACGAGCUCUCCACCCUCUUCCCCCGCCUGAGGCUCCUGGAGGCUGCCCGCAACCCCUUCAACUGUGUGUGUCCCCUCAGCUGGUUCGGCCCCUGGGUCCGGGAGAGCCGCCUGACCCUGGCCAGCCCCGAGGAGACGCGCUGCCACUUCCCGCCCAAGAAUGCCGGCCGGCUGCUCCUGGACCUUGACUACGCUGACUUUGGCUGCCCGGCCACCACCACCACAGCCACGGUGCCCACCACGAGGGCCCCUGUGCGGGAGCCCACGCUCCCACCUUCCAGCCCAGCUCCCACCCAGCUCCGCCCCACAGAGCUGGCCACUGAGGCCCCGAGCCGGCCGCCCCCCGCGCCCCCCACUGCGGGGCCUGUGCCCCCGCCCCAGGACUGCCCGGCAUCCAUCUGCCUCAAUGGGGGCACCUGCCACCUGGGGGCGCGGGGCCACCUGGAGUGCCUGUGUCCUCAGGGCUUCACGGGGCUGUACUGCGAGGGCCGGGUGAGGCCGGGACCCAGGCCCAGCCCCGCCCCGGCCACGCCGCGGCCCCUGCCCCUGGGCAUUGAGCCCGCCAGCCCCACGUCCCUGCGGGUGGGGCUCCAGCGCUUCCAGCAGGGCAGCGCCGUGCAGCUGAAGAGCCUCCGCCUCACCUAUCGCAACCUCUCGGGCCCUGACAAGCGGCCGGUGACACUGCGGCUGCCCGCCUCGCUCGCAGAGUACACCGUCACCCAGCUGCGGCCCAACGCCACCUACUCCAUCUGCGUCCGGGCCCUGGGGGCUGGGAGGGUGCCUGAGGGCGAGGAGGCCUGCGGGGAGGCCCGCACACCCCCGGCCGUCCGCUCCAACCACGCACCGGUCACCCAGGCCCGCGAGGGCAACCUGCCGCUCCUGAUUGCGCCCGCCCUGGCCGCCGUGCUCCUGGCGGUGCUGGCUGCUGUCGGGGCGGCCUUCUGUGUGCGGCGGGGGCGGGCCGCUGCAGCUGUGGCGCAGGGCAAAGGCCAAGGGGGACCCGGGGCUGGCCCCCUGGAGCUGGAGGGCGUGAAGGCCCCCCUGCAGCCAGACCCCAAGGCGUUGGAGGGCGGUGGGGAGGCCCCACCUGGAGGGCUGGAGUGUGAGGUGCCGCUCAUGGGCUACUCGGGGCCUGGCCCACAGGGGCCCCUCCCAGCCAAGCCCUACAUCUAAGCCUGGGAGGGACGGACCACCAGGGCUGGGACCAGCCAGGAGGUCUGGUUCCUGCUGCCACAUCAAGGAGCUUCUCAGAUCCGGACCAUGAGGAUACAUCAGGACCCGGGCUGGGUGACCAUGGCACAUCCCUGUCCGUCUCUGAACCUUGGUCUCCUCUUCUGUGAGACCUGGAACCCAGGGGAUGACCCUCUAAGGGUCCCCCUGCCCGAGUGUCUGGAGAAUGGUGUCACCUCGUCCUCUGCAAUGGGCAGCCCCUGGGGUGGGGCUGGCCCGGCUGUGUGCUGGUAACACAGGCCUGGGGCUGCCAAGCCCCACACCCCAAGGAGACUCUGGGGGGCCCGUGAAGGAAGCCCCCGGAAAAGAGAGCAGAGGGAGAGUGGGUCUGGGGAUGGGGGCGGGUGAUCCUGCCUCGGCCCUGGGGAGCAAAGGAGCAAAAGAAACUGGAAAGAAAGAUGCUUUAGGAACAAGUUUCGCUUUUGUUUUUUUUUUUAAAUGUAUUUAUAAAAGAUCUUUUCCCAUUUAUUCUGGGAAAAUGUUUUUCAAACUCA